AUGGCCCAUCCCGACUGGAUUAGUCGGCUCCGUGGCCAGCAGUCCCCCCACAGUGAGAAAAGCAGUAACCCAAGGGAUCAGCCUUCUAAACUAACCGAAGCCCCAACUGUGACUGUCCCCAAAUUAUCCUUAUCGAACACACCGUCAAAUGAGCUGGUCUCCCCGACCGAUACUGAAGAGAGCAUUGCCUUGGAAAAACUCCCUCAAGAGUUCGGUUCUCUGAAGAGUUGGCGCGGGUCUUUGAUUUUGCUCGUCACAUCGGGCUCCCAGUUCCUCGACAAUGUUUUCAUGACUAGCUCCAACAUGGCACUUGCGUCAAUCCAGGAGGAAUUCAAGGUUUCAAGCACCGAUUUGCAAUGGAUGAUAUCCGCAUACACCCUGUCAUUUGGAGGUCUUCUGCUACUAGCUGGAUCAUUAUCCGAUCGAUUUGGACGAAAAAAGAUUCUUUGUCUGGGCCUCUUUUGGUUAAGCCUGUGGACUCUCGCGGUCGGACUCGGCCAAUCUUUCAUACAACUCACGGUUUUCCGUGGCAUCCAGGGAAUCGGAGCAGCAAUGACAGUUCCAUCUGCGAUCGGAAUUAUUAGCUCCUACUUCACAGGUGUGGAUCGGACUCGAGGACUUUCAAUUUACGCCGCCUCUGGGACAUUGGGAUUCUGUGCUGGUCUUAUACUGGGUGGGUUUCUGACCUCUUCAUUGGGGUGGAGAUACAUCUUUUAUCUUAUUGUCAUAAUGACCGGCUCACUUGGUACCCUGGGAAUGAUUGUUCUUCCCAAGGAUCUCGGUGCCGAUGAGAAAAAGCCCAAAAUGGAUUAUCUUGGGGCAUUUCUUUCCACGGCUGGUCUCAUUUUACUGCAGUUCGUGCUUUCCAGUGGGGGUGUUUACGGAUGGGACUCACCGUUUAUCAUUGUCCUCUUGGUAUUAUCGGUCGCCCUCUUGGUUUCUUUCACUCUGGUGGAGAAGUAUGUCAGUGACCCGCUCAUGCCUCUGUCCCUGUGGAAAAUUAGGAAUUUUGCCGGUCUAUGGAUUGCAGGUUUCACUUGCUAUGGUAGCUAUCAAAACGUCAUCUACUACAUUGUCCUGAUGGCUCAAAAAGUAGACGGUCUUUCUGCAGGUGAUACAGCCAUUAGGUUCUUACCAAUGGGUGCCAUUGGCUUCAUUGCUUCAAUGGGAACGGGAAAGAUCCUCGAAUACACGAAUGGGAAAUACUGUCUUAUCGCGGGCUUAGUGCUUACAGUAUUGGCCCCCGUGCCGAGUGCAUUGACCGUGACCUCGUCGACCAAUUUUUGGGUCAAUACCCUUGCGACAUCACUGAUUAGUAUCACCGCGGUGUCGCUUAUUUUCGUUACAACCAGCACGACGAUUUUGACUAGUGUUCCGGUCGAUGUCAAAAGUUUGUGCGGGGGAAUGCUUAAUACGGCGUUCCAAAUUGGCUCUGGAGUUGCGCUGGCUAUUUCUGCAGCGACAACUGAAGUCGCGGAUAUCGAAAAAGGACACGACAUCACUCAACAAUAUGCUACAGGUCUCUGGUGCUCUACUGGUAUAGCUGGCCUAGGACUGGUUAUUGGUAUUCUGGCAGUGCGAAGGAAAGGAAUUGGCCCUAAUGAUAGAAUGGGAGAAUCUGUGACAUUUUGA